AAGCCAAUUGCCCGCUUUCAAUUCAGUUGCCGCUGAGUUUUCAACCGAUUCAAUUCGAGACCGCCAACAACACUCGAAGAUUCGCCAGUCACCGUCGCCUGAGAAAUCGCUGCUUAACCAUGGACAUACUGAGGAGCGAUGCCGAUUGCGGCGAGUCCGAUAUUGCCAAGUUCUAUGCAAACAAAACCAUCCUUAUUACGGGUGCCACCGGAUUCAUGGGCAAGGUUCUGGUGGAGAAACUACUGCGUAGCUGUGCCGACCUGAACGUCAUAUAUCUACUGAUACGCACCAAAAAGGGGGUCGAUCCCAGUGUGCGCAAGGAGCAGUACUUCAAGUGUGUGAUCUUUGGCAAGCUGCUGGAGAAGAAUCCCGGCAUCGUGGACAAGGUGCGCGUGGUAAAGGGCGAUCUGCUGGAGCCGGACCUUGGCCUGAGCGCCAAUGACACCAACACACUCGCCUCCAACGUCGAGGUGGUCUUCCACUGUGCGGCCAAUGUGCGCUUCGACCAGCCGCUGCGUCCCAUGGUCAUGAUGAACGUGGUGGGCACCCUGAAGGUCCUCCGCCUUGCCGAGAAGAUGAGCCAGCUGCAGGCUCUGGUCCACGUGUCCACCUCAUACUGCCAGUGCAACGAGAGCGUUCUGGAGGAGCGAGCCUACCCGGCUCCACAGAAUCCCUUCUCCAUCAUAGAGAUGGUGGAGACGAUGGACGACGAAGCUCUGGCGGAGAUUACACCCAAAUUACUAAACGGCUUGCCAAACACGUACGCUUACAGCAAGGCGCUGUCGGAAGAUUUAAUUUGCAGAUACAACAAUAAGCUGCCCAUAAUCAUCACAAGGCCCUCGAUCGUGACGGCCGCUAUUCACGAGCCAUUGCCCGGCUGGAUCGAGGGCGUCAAUGGACCCACUGGCCUAAUGAUCGGCGCUGCCCGCGGAGUCAUCCGAUCGAUGCACUGCAAUCCGGACUACGCCUCCACCGUGAUACCCGUGGACAAGGCCAUCAACGGCAUGAUCCUGUGCGGCUAUCAGCGCGGCAAGGCCAGCCAGGAGAAGAAGGGUAACCAGCAGACGGGUGUCGAGUUCUGCAAUCUGUGCAUCUCCAGCAAGGCGCUGAUGUCCUGGGGCGACAGCAUCGAGACGGGUCGUCGAUUCUUCUACGAAACGCCGCUCAGCUUUGCGCUCUGGUAUCCGGGUGGAUCCAUCAAAAAGAACUACUACCACCACCUCUUCUGCGUCAUCUUCUUCCACUAUCUGCCCGCCUACUUCAUCGACUUUUGGCUGCUCGUCUUUGGCCAAAAGCCAUUCUUACUCAAUGUCCAACGCAAAGUGUCCAUGGGUCUGAAGCUGCUGCAGUACUACACAACGAAAAAGUGGGAGUUCCGCAACGAGCGCUUCCAGGAGAUGAGCAGUCAGCUGAGCCUCCUGGAUCAGGACCUCUUCGACACGUCGGUGGGUCAGGUCAACUGGGAGACAUACAUCAGCAACUACAUCGUGGGCAUGCGCACCUAUAUCCUGGGCGAGAGCGAGGACACUCUACCGCAGGCCAGGAAGGUCCUGCGUCGCCUCUACAUCCUCGACUGGGUCAGCAAGGUGCUGUUUUUCUCCCUGAGCUUCUGGUUCCUGUGGACCCAUUUGGAUGGCUUUGUGGAGCGGAGCGAUGCCUUCAUCCGAUCCUCGCUCAGCACCAUUUACCAUGAGCGAAACAGCACCAUACAUGUAUAAACCCUUCUUUAAUUAUGUACUUCAAAUAUAGUCUACAAGAUUUUGUUUCUUUUUAAGUAA